CAGGAAAUGACUUGUACUUGAUCACUUUUAUUUUGCCUUUAAAUGGACAGACCAAGGACAGACGGUCACCAGCAGCUUUCUGUUGGGUACUUAGAGAAACAAUUUCUGAAACCCUUCCAUCUUGGAACAGUUUUAGCAAAACACAAUGCCCAGAAGCUUCUGGAAAACAGUGACAGUGGCUAUGGUGGGAAUGAGGUCCAGACACCAAGCGGAUGACAGUUCCUCCAAUGGGCACAUCUGCCCAAAGCCCUCCAUCCUCAGCAAUGAGAAGGACAAACGACUCUCUGAAGACACGAAAAAGAACACAUCCAACAGGAAGGAGGAAGACGUCAUGGCUUCGGGAACUGUCAAACGACAUCUCAAGACAUCUGGAGCAAGUGACCGCAAGCCUAAGAAAUCUCUGGAGUUAUCUAGAGAAGAUCUUAUCCAGCUCCUCAGUAUAAUGGAAGGGGAAUUGCAGGCCAGGGAAGAUGUGAUCCACAUGCUGAAGACUGAGAAGACCAAGCCCGAGGUUCUGGAGGCUCACUACGGUUCCGCAGAGCCCGAGAAAGUUCUGCGAGUGCUGCACCGUGAUGCCAUUCUAGCCCAGGAGAAGUCCAUAGGAGAGGAUGUUUAUGAGAGACCCAUCUCAGAGCUGGACCGGCUGGAGGAGAAGCAGAAGGAGACGUACCGGCGCAUGCUCGAGCAGCUGCUGCUGGCCGAGAAGUGCCACCGGCGCACGGUGGACGAGCUGGAGACCGAGAAGCACAAGCACACGGACUACAUGAACAAGAGCGACGACUUCACCAACCUGCUGGAGCAGGAGCGCGAGAGGCUGAAGAAGCUGCUUGAACAAGAGAAAGCUUAUCAAGCUCGCAAAGAAAAAGAAAACGCGAAGCGACUCAACAAACUGAGAGACGAGCUGGUGAAGCUCAAGUCCUUUGCACUCAUGUUGGUGGACGAGAGACAAAUGCACAUUGAACAACUCGGCCUGCAGAGCCAGAAGGUCCAAGACCUCACUCAGAAACUGAGGGAGGAAGAAGACAAGCUCAAAGCCAUCACGUCUAAAUCCAAAGAAGACAGACAGAAACUGCUCAAGUUGGAGGUGGACUUCGAACACAAGGCCUCGAGGUUUUCUCAAGAGCACGAAGAGAUGAAUGCUAAGUUGGCGAAUCAGGAGUCUCACAACAGACAACUUCGACUCAAGCUGGUGGGCCUGUCGCAAAGAAUCGAGGAGCUAGAAGAGACCAACAAGAACCUCCAAAAGGCGGAGGAAGAACUGCAGGAGCUGCGGGAUAAAAUUGCCAAAGGAGAAUGUGGCAACUCCAGCCUCGCGGCCGAGGUGGAGAACCUGCGCAAGCGGGUGCUGGAAAUGGAGGGGAAGGAUGAGGAAAUCACCAAGACCGAGUCCCAGUGCAGGGAACUGCGGAAGAAACUGCAGGAGGAAGAACACCACAGCAAAGAGCUCAAACUGGAAGUGGAGAAACUGCAGACGAGGAUGGCCGAGCUGGAGAAACUGGAAGAAGCCUUUAGCAAGAGUAAGUCGGAGUGCUCCCAGCUCCACUCAAACCUCGAGAAGGAGAAGAGCUUAACCAAAGACCUGCUGAAGGAGCUAGAGGUCGUCAAGAACCGGGUGAAGGAGCUGGAGUCCUCGGAAAGUCACCUGGAGAAGGCCGAGUUGAGCCUCCGCGAGGACCUGACCAAGCUGAAGUCGUUCACGGUGAUGCUGGUGGACGAGAGGAAGAACAUGAUGGAAAAGAUCAAGCAGGAGGAGAGGAAGGUGGACGGCCUCAACAGGAACUUCAAGGUGGAGCAGGGCAAGGUGAUGGAUGUCACCGAGAAGCUCAUCGAGGAGAGUAAGAAGCUGCUGAAGCUCAAGUCGGAGAUGGAGGCCAAGGUGUCCAGCCUGAGCAGGGAGAGGGACGAGCUGGCGGGCCGGCUGAGCAGCGAGCAGGACAGGUGCUCGGAGCUGCGCUGCAGCGUGGAGCUGCUGCAGCAGCGGCUGGACGGGCUGGAGGAGGGGGCGCGGGCGCCGGGCCGGGGGCCCGAGCUCGCCGCCGGCCGCGAGGAGCCCCGGGUCCAGGCGCUCACGCUGGAGAUCGAGCGGCUGCAGAAGCGGCUGCAGCAGCUGGAGGUGGUGGAGGGCGACCUGAUGAAGACGGAGGACGAGUACGACCAGCUGGAGCGCAAGUUCCGCACCGAGCAGGACAAGGCCAACUUGCUGGCGCAGCAGCUGGAGGAGAUCAAGCACCAGAUGGCCAAGCACAAGGCCGCGGAGAAAGGGGAGGCGGCGAGCCAGGAGGCCGAGCUGCGGCAGCGGUGCCGGCUGGAGGAGGCCCGGAGCCGAGACCUGAGGGCGGAGGUCCAGGCGCUGAAGGAGAAGAUCCACGAGCUGAUGAAGAAGGAGGACGCGCUCUCGCAGCUGCAGGUGGACUACUCGGUGCUGCAGCGGCGGUUCCUGGAGGAGGAGGGCAAGAGCAAGAGCCUGGAGCAGGAGCUGCUGGGGCUGAGCCGCGAGCUCGAGCUGUCGCGGCGCUACAGCCGCGCGCUGCGGCCCAGCGGGCCCGGGCGCCGCAUGGUGGACGCGCCGGUGGCGUCCACGGGGGUGCAGACGGACGCGGCGGGCGGCGAGGCGGCCGAGGACGAGACGCCGGCCGUGUUCAUCCGCAAGUCCUUCCAGGAGGAGAACCACAUCAUGAGCAACCUGCGGCAGGUGGGGCUCAGGCGGGGCCCCCCCGAGCGGGGCUCGGUGCUCGACCGCUACCCGCCGGCCGCGCACGAGCUGGCGCUGCGCGGCAAGUCCUGCAUCCCGGGGAUGCGCAGGCGCGAGGGCGCGGCGGGCGCGGCGGGGGCGGCGGGGGGGCCCCGGGCCGCGGCCCCCGCGCCCCCCGGCGAGCUGGUGCUGGCCCCCAAGCAGGGCCAGCCGCUGCACAUCCGCGUGACCCCCGACCACGAGCACAGCACGGCCACCCUGGAGAUCACCAGCCCCACGUCGGAGGAGUUCUUCUCCAGCACCACCGUCAUCCCCACCCUGGGCAGCCACAAGCCCAGGAUCACCAUCAUCCCGGCCGCCGCCGGGGCGCCCCGGGCCCGGAGCGCCGCCGACGCCGCGCGCGGCCCCGACCGGGCCGUGUCGCCCGUGACCAUCACCACCUUCUCCCGGGAGAAGCCCCCCGACGGCGCCGCGCGCGCGCCCUCCCCGGUGCAGAUCGUCACGGUGGCCACGUGCGCCGCGGCGCCCGGCCCCGGCCCCGGCCCCGGCGAGGCGGGCGCGGCGCCCGGGCCCGCGGACGGGGCCGCGCUGGGCAGGGCCGUCCUCAAGGUCACCCCCGAGAAGCCCGCGGGGGCGCCCGCGCCCGCGCGCAAGUUCAACGCCAACGCCAACAUCAUCACCACCGAGGACAACAAGAUCCACAUCCACCUGGGCCCGCAGUUCAAGCGGAGCCCCGCCGCCGCCGAGGCCGCCAGCCCCGUCAUCACCGUCCGCCCCGUGGGCGGCGUGGCCGCGGACAAGGAGGCGUCCACGGGCACCGUCCUCCGCGCUCCCCGCGGCCACGGCGCCCGGCCCGGGGCCGCCAAGCUCACCAGCACCAUCACCAUCACCCCUGUCACCGCCUCCUCCACCCGGGGAACGCCUUCAUCCGCCUCAGCACAAGAUGGGUCCUGCCAGCGGCCUGCACCCACCCGCAUUCCUGUGUCAAAAGGUAUGAAAUCAGGAAAGCCGGUAGUGGCAGCCCCAGGAGCAGGAAAUCUGACCAAAUUCGAGCCUCGGGCUGAAAGUCAGUCUAUGAAAAUAGAGCUGAAGAAGUCGGCAGCCAGCAGCGCGCCCUCUCCUGGCGGGGCAAGGGCUGAGGGAAGUGGCUGAGGGGGUAUGUCUCACAGGUGCUUCCGCUGCCUGCCUGCCUGCCUGCCUGUGGAAAGCAGCCGUCCGUCCGUCUGUGCCCACACUUUAUGUGUGCUAACUGAAGCGUGAAGCCUCUUGUUUGUAAAAAUAACCAACUAACGGCCAUGCGACGCUUCUACUUGGUGCAUUUGUUUUGAUGCUGGGGAGGAGCAAAAUGGCUGUUUGUGGUGUGGUUUGUUGGGGGUGCUGGCCUGGGAGGAGGGCUGGCUUCUAGUCUCCCUGUUGUUCCAAGGGAGACUAGUGAAUGGGCCCGAUCCGCAGCCCAGCCUGGAAGAAAGCCUCUGUUCUUCACCAGGGAGGCCGGGAGGCAGCCUCACAGGCUCGAAGGGGCUGCAUCCCUUCAUGUCCAACUGUAAGCCAGAUCCAGUAGACUUGGUCCUCAAACACUGCUCUGUCCAGGCGGUGGCUCACACCUGUUAUCCUAGCUACUCAGGAGGCUGAGAUCUGAGGAUGGAGGUUUGAAGCCAGCCUGGGCAGGAAAACAGGUGACUUUUUAUUUGCAAUCAGCCACCAGAAAAUCCAAGAGGAGGUGUGGCUCAAGGGGUAGAGCAUCAGCUUUGAGCACAAACAGCUGAGGGACAGUAUCCAGGCCGAGCUCAAGCCCCAGUACUGGCACAAAACAAUAAAGAGCCCUGUUACGAAAUAGGACAUCAUGAAAAAAUUGUCAUUUGCGUCCAUCAAAUUUUGCAUUUGAUACAAAUACCGGGGGUGGGGGGAAUCUCAUAGCUUUCAAAGGGCUGAUAGUCUAAAAUUCUGCAAAAACGAAAGCCCUCAUAUGCCUUGUGGAAACAAUAUGGAUGUGAAAUAAAGUGGUAAUGAACUUGGAAUUCUAAAAAUAGACUUUGAAUUAUUUGUGUGUGUGUGUGUGUGUGUGUGUGUGUGUGUGUGUGUGUAUUAUAGAAGAUUUGGCCACCUCCAAAACCUUCCUAGAAUUUCAUAUGUAAUACAUUUUAGAAGCAUUAAUGUCAGACUCUUGCUCUUUCAAGUGUGCAACUGAUAGACAUUGUAAAGCAAUUUGAACAGAGCUGCUAAAUGGCCCUCUAGCCCUCUAUAGCUAACAGAAAUAAAGAUGGCUAGAAAACACCAGAAAGUCAAUUGGGAUACAUGAAUGCCAAGAAAAAAAUGACAUCAUCCAGAGCUUAGUAGAAUUCAAAUAUUUUCCUCAUUAAGUGUGAGAUUUACUUGCAAAUGAAGAAUACUUGUGAUUUGGGAUGUGUGUGGUGAGAAUACACUAUUAUUCCUAUCAACUUUACUUUUGUUGGAAUCAUUUUCUUUCACUUGAAGCAUGUUCUAAUAAGCAUGAAGCAGCAUGUAAAUAUGAAAUACCACAUGUAUCUGUGAGAUUAACUUUGUCAAAGAGGCAUGAACACAAAGCUGGCAAGCCACAGAUUAGCAUACCCAGGUCCCAUGUGGGUUAUUUCUUGGUCAAAAGUUUUGAGUCAAGUAGGUGAACUUUAACAGUAA